UAAGAGCAGAAGGUUGGAGAAGUGGUUUGGCGCCGACGGCUAUUGCAACUCUCGUUUUUCCUUCUUUUCUCUAUCGACCUUCUUUGCAACGCAGAAUUGAUUAGCUGGAGCCAUCUCGGAGGAUUAUCAGGAAACCAUCGUUGGAUCAGUUGCAUCUCAGUGGACGCUACUCCAGACUGCCGACAUUGGCGUGAAGCGCAAACGAGGCGCGCAACCCCCGACUCGCCAGACACGUUCUACCAGGCAGGAGCUGUUACAUGCCCUAAACAUCGACAUUUGACAUUUUGGUCCUUCCUCUUCUCCCCGCAGGCUGCCGGCAGCUCUUUCCCUCUACGCCAUGGACACUGGUUACCUGUCACAGCAAGUCACGACCAUCAUCAACCAGCUGCACGGCUACUUUGACGAGAUUGGCCUUCCUACACAUGAACGAGACUCGCGAGAGUCUGAGCUGUUUGCCGCUCUCUCCGAAACACUGCACAAUCAGCUCAAGCUGGUCGCAAAAGAAAAACAUGAUCUCACCGACGAGGCGCGUCGCUUGAUCAAGUCGAUCCGCCAGAUGGAAGCUGCCCUGGUCGAUGACAAGCCCCAACGAGACAGCGACUACCAAGACUCGGAUCUAUCCAUCACCCUCCCUCUGCGCGACUGUAUCGUGUCUCUCAAAGACAAGCACAACACUGUCUCAAGGAUUCAUCGCGAGCGCUACGAGCAGAUCAAGAAACUUGCCGAAGCCCUCGAAUCAUAUGCCUCCCACCUCGAACCGGCAUUCGUCACUAUCAAGCUCCCUCCCACUUCGCCCAACUCUAAGAUUCCUCCAUCGUUCGACGUUUCGCCCUCAUAUGUCACCUCCCUGGACAAUGCGUUCACCCGCGUCUACGAAGAAUAUAACAAGCGUCUGGUGGUGGUGCAAACUCUGGCAGAAGAGAUUAUCAAGCUCUGGGGAGAACUGGGCACGCCACAGGCUCAGAUCGAUAGCACCAUCGUCAAGCACGCUCGAAACGCUCCCGAACAGCUCGGUUUGCAUCAAGACGACAUGAGCCGACUGAGAGCAAAGAAGGAGAAACUACUGGGCGAGAAGCAAGAGCGUGCCGUCAGACUGGAAGAGCUGAAGGAGGCUGUCGAGACUUUGUGGGACAAGCUGGGAGUCGAAGAAAGCGACCGUAAACCCUUCCUGGCUAGUAACAGAGGAUGCGGGCUGCGCGCCAUCAACGAGUUCGAGGAUGAGCUGGCUCGUCUGAACGAGCUGAAGCGCCAGAACUUGCACCUGUUCGUUGAAGAUGCUCGAUUCAAGCUGCAAGAACUUUGGGAUGGACUCUAUUUCUGCGAGGAGGAGAUGCUCGAGUUUACGCCAGCCUUCUCAGAUGUAUACUCGGAUGCUCUACUCGAAGCUCACGAGGCCGAGAUUGGCAGGCUCGAGACCCUCAAAGAGCAGCGUGCACCUACUCUGGCCAUGGUCGACAAGCACCGCUCGCUCGUCAAAGAUCGCGAUGACUUGGCUGCUUCAUCGCAAGAUGCCUCUCGUCUCAUGCUUCGUGGUCAAAAGGGCGAGAAGCGUGACCCUACGCGCCUCCUGCGUGAAGAGAAGAUGCGCAAGCGUAUUGCAAAAGAGCUGCCCAAGGUCGAGAGCGACUUGCGUCAGAUCCUCGAAGAUUGGGAGGAAGAAUACGGCCGUCCCUUCCUCGUGCAUGGAGAACGCUACCUGGACGAGCUGGAGGCCACAUCACAGAAACAGUCCUCUCAGGGCUCUGUGCGCUCAAAGACGCCGUCCAUCCCGCCUCGAUCAAAGACGCCCUCGUCUGUACCGCCAUCAACCGUUCGUCCCAAGUCAGCCGCUGCUGCCGCUCCCACAACGGCCAUCAAGAGUCAGACUCUGCGCGGUCCCCCUCGCUCAAAGACUCCUACCGCCUCGCGCAAUCCAUUGGCCUCGUCUGUCAUGGGUCCUCCCUUAUCACAUUCAUCGUCUAACUCCUCGUUUGCAGCUUCGGUCGGUCCGGGUAGUCUCCGCAGUCCUUCCAAGAUCCCUGGUCGCCAGCCCCUGAGCAGCAUGCUCCAGUCUGGUACUUCGAGCGCACGCCGCCCCCCACCUGGUCCACUGGGUCAUUCUAGAGCAGAGUCUGAUACCAGCACUCUUCGCAGCCGCAUGGCUCCACCGCCACGACCCAUGUCGCGCGAUUUCUUCUCUCCACCAGAGACGCCUUGUCCCAUAAACAACGCCGACAUCUCGUUUGAACGCAGUGGCAGCAUCAUCCGUCACAUGAGCCCCGAAGACCCCUACAGUGACCGCAGCUCGUUACGCUCAGUGCGCACCUUCCAGUCCACCGCUUCCUCCCGUCCAGCCUCCCAGGCGACACACCACUAUGUGGCAGCUGCACCGCGACCCUCACCACGCUUCGAGUACCCUGCCGCACCGCCGCCAGCCGCAAUGUCUCGUCAAACUUCCAAUGCCUCCUCUGUCGAGACGUCAAACUCGGCAGUAUCUGGCUCCGAGAAUUGGGAGACAUACACGGAUGCCUCAGAUGACGAAGAGCCAGAUCCCCGCAUGGCUUAUUAUGCCAAAGUACGUACAAACAAGCGCGACUCGCCUGAAGACUCUGCCUAUGGAGGUGCUGGCAAAGGCUUUGGGGCCAAAGUCCGAGCGAUAGGUGUCUCAGACGAUGGCAGCGAGACCGCUUGGUCCGAUGUUGGCGAGACGUUUUGAUGACCCUACUUUUUGAGCUUCUCCUCUUUCCACGACUACCUUUUUUCUGACUGGCAAUGUCCGGAUCGUUUUGAUAGAUCGAUCUCUCCGCUAACCGGACACACGAUUUCUUCCGUUUCUUGUUCUUUCUUGGGAGGCAGCGCUUUCUUUUUGACCUAAACUUUUUCUCUGAUGACUUCGUUUCUGUUAUUCUACCCUGCCUCUUUUACUUUUACAGAGUACAACGGGCUGUUCUCCGUUUUCUUAGAUGCUAUUACUGUUCUUGUAGUACUACACGGCUUCUUUCUCUUUGCAUCAUUGUUAUGAUGAGAUGAUGCUCGCGAAUAUGAAUUGCUUCGUUGCAACUUCCCAC